CUUUGCUUUCAAAACAGAGCAACCAGAAAAAGAACAAGUUAGCUUCUACUCUUAACAACAACAGCACAGACCGUCCAUUUUCUAUAUUUUUCUCUCAAAAAUAUCCUCGCUCUCAGCUAUAUAAACAGAAACUUCUAGAUCAGAAAUUGGCUUAAACGGAAGGAUAUCCUCGUCAUUUCAUCUCCGCCUGAAUUAAAAGCUAAACUAAACUACACUCACUCCUACUUCUACUGCUGUACACUUGUUAAUCUUCAUAAUAUUUUUCAUUAACUAAGCGCAUUUGACAAAUUUAAUUAUGGAGAAGACCACUCCGGUGAGGAAACCGCACGUUUCUACAGCAGAUCUGCUCACCUGGUCGGAGGUUCCACCGUCUGAUUCCCCUGCUCUCGGCUCUGCUCCCCGCUCCGCCCGCUCUCACCAGCCGUCGGAUGGGAUCAGUAAAGUAGUAUUUGGAGGUCAAGUUACAGACGAGGAAGUUGAGAACUUAAACAAAAGGAAACCUUGUUCAGGGUACAAAAUGAAGGAGAUGACUGGUAGCGGCAUUUUUGUAGCCAAUGGAGAGAAUGAUCCAUCUGAAUCUGGUGAUCUCGAUGCCACACCAAAUAGCAGAACGGGAAUACGCAUGUAUCAGCAAGCCCUUGCUGGAAUCAGUCAUAUUUCAUUUGCAGAAGAGGAUAAUGUUUCACCCAAAAAACCUACUAGUUUGCCUGAGGUAGCAAAGCAACGAGAACUAAGCGGGACAUUAGAAACUGAGGCAGAACGAGAAGCCAAGUUGAAGAAGCAACUUUCUGAUGCCAAAUGCAAGGAGCUCAGCGGACAUGACAUCUUUGCACCCCCUCCGGAAAUUUUGCCACGGCCGACAACUGUGCGUGCUUUGGCAUUAAAAGAAAACAUUCAAUUGGGAGAACCUGCUUCACGCGAUGCUGCGGAAGGUCAGUUGUCCGCUGAGGAACUGGUGGCGAGGACAGCAAAGAAAAUCUAUGAUAAAAAAUUCAAUGAGCUCUCAGGAAAUGACAUAUUCAAGGGCGAUGCUCCUCCAUCAUCGGCUGAGAAAUCUUUAAGUGUCGCAAAAUUGCGAGAGAUAAGCGGCAAUGACAUAUUUGCUGAUGGUAAGGCAGACCAUCGAGACUACUUAGGUGGCGUACGCAAGCCUCCAGGCGGAGAGAGCAGCAUUGCCUUGGUUUAACUUAUUAGGUUUAACUCUGUUUUCUUAUCACUGUGUCUGGUUUUGAUUUAUUUCUAGUGGGCAUGUGUUAUUAUAUUAUUUGACAUGGUAUUGUGGGUUUUGGGAGCUAUGUUAGGCCUUAACUUGUCUCGUUUGUUACGUGGACUGCUCUAAUUGGAACCUAUGUUCAUAUUCUUGUGUUUUCCAGUGUUGUGGUUUUAGCAAAAAACAUUGAGCAAUUUAUGUUACUGCUUUAAUGUUUUCUCAGCUAUCUUUGUAACCUGGUUCAGGAGUUAGGAAAUUCCAGUGAGUUCUUCUAUUAAUGUAAUCUGGUUCAUGUUCGAGUUGA